AUGGGGGUGAGAGCAUUCUGUCCCAGCAGGAGGUGGUCCAGAUUCCUGCAUUGCUGGGGGGGGGGGUUUGAAUUAGAUGAUUCUUGGGGUCCCUUCCUACUUCACAGUUCUGUGAUUAUACUUAACAGUUCUGUGAUUAUAAGACCCCCUCAAUAUGCAGUGCAGAGACUUAUCAUCAUCGAAUUGUAGAGUUGUAAAGGAUCCCAAAGGGUCAUCCAGCCUGACCCCCUACAAGACAGGAAUCACAGCUCAGGAAUCCCCAAAAGAUGGCCAUCCAACAUCAGUUUAAAAACCUCUGAUGAAGGAGAGUCCGCCACCUACCAAGGGACUGUUCCACUGUUGAAUGGCUCUUAUUAAGCCUAACUAAAAUCAAUCAUAAGCUAAAAACACCUGUCAACAUUUUCACACGUCUGGAUAAGCAAUUGCCUUUUAAAAAAAUGUUUUUAGCAGGCGCCAAAUAGAGUACAGUGAAGGCACCCAACUGAUGUCAGUAGGUAGGGGGUUGCAAAGUGUCGGUGCCGCCACACUCAAAGACGGGAUUUCUUACAAAGUAAAAUGUGGCACCUGAGAAGCAGUACCAGUUCCUUAGCAGUUCAUGGGCUUCUCCCUCUAUGGCAUGACCCCCACUAUGGGGGUUCUCUCCCUCUAUGGGAUAGACCCCCAGACGAGAGCAACCCCACUGAUGCCUAGGGGUGCCAUCUCCUAAGGAAAGGAGAAGGUGAGAAACAACGCUCUGGUUUCUGUCACAGGAGGAAGGAGAGAGCGCCAAAGCGAAGGACUUCAUCAGCCUCGGGCUGAAGGACGGGCACCUGGUGUUCAGGUGAGGGAAGGCCGCAUAAGAGCUCACGCUAUAGGUCGCUCUGCAUUGAGGCUCCGGGGUGGCCAGUGUGGUGUAGUGGUUAAGAGCGGUAGUCUCGUAAUCUGGGGAACUGGGUUCGCGUCUCCGCUCCUCCACCUGCAGCUGCUGGGUGACCUUGGGCCAGUCACACUUCUCUGAAGUCUCUCAGCCCCACUCACCUCACAGAGUGUUUGUUGUGGGGGAGGAAGGGAAAGGAGAAUGUUAGCUGCUUUGAGACUCCUUCGGGUAGUGAUAAAGAGGGAUAUCAAAUCCAAACUCUUCUUCUUUUUCUCUGACACUGACUGUGUGUUUCCUGCAGUUACCAGCUAGGAAGCGGAGAAGUGAACAUCCUGUCCGAAGACCCAGUUGAUGAUGGAGAAUGGCACAGAGUGACAGCCAUCUGGUGAGACGAGUGUGGAGAGAUGUGGCUUGGGACACCCCUAGUUUGACAAGCCCAAGCAUUGUCAAGGCCCUGUUUCCUGAACAAGGUGGGUUGAGGAACAAUUUGUUUGCUUCUGGGGCUGGGGAUGCUGUCCCGCCCUUGAAGCUGGCCCAGAAACUCCAGUGGGUACAGAAUGCCGCGGCGAGGCUCCUUACGGGGUCCUUGCCGCGGGAUCACAUUCAUCCAGUGCUUUACCAGCUGCACUGGCUCCUGGUGGAGUACAGGGUCAGGUUUAAGGUGCUGGUUUUGACCUUUAAAUCCCUACACGGCCUAGGACCCACAUACCUACAGGACCGCCUCUCCUGGUAUGUCCCACGGAGGACCUUAUGGUCUUCAAAUAAAAACAUCUUGAAGGUCCCAGGCCACAGAGAGGUUAGGCUGGCCUCAACCAGAGCCAGGGCUUUCUCGGCUGCGGCUCCAAUCUGGUGGAACGCUCUGCCACAAGAGACUAGGGCCUUUUUUUUUUUUUUUUAAAUAAUUUUUAUUAAAGUUUUAAACAAAGAAAAAAGAAAAAACAACACACACAAAAAAAAUUACAAAAUUUAACAAUAAAAACACACAACAUAACAAUUUAAAACAAACUCUCUUUUACAUUCCCAAUUUUGAAUUACUUAUUUUCUGGACUUCCUCAUACCUCCCUCUUUUGUAUUCCAAUCUACAUUAUUUGUCCAGCAGUUUCUUUUCCCCUUUCUAAACCCAAUCUUUAAUUUAAUGAAAUAUUAAACUAUAUAACUUCAGCUUUUUUUUUUUUAAACAUAAUCCUUGUUCUUAAUGUCAUAUACCUUUAAAUUUUUCCCAAUCUUAAUCUUUAAUCUUAAUCUAUCCUAACUUUAACCUGUACAGCUGGAAACCACUUAUUUUCAAUCCAACAUCACUCUAACAUUCCUUAAUUUUGCAGUGUUUCUGAAGAUAGUCUUUGAAUUUCUUCCAAUCUUCCUCUAUCGACUCUUCUCCCUGGUCACGGAUUCUGCCAGUCAUUUCCGCCAAUUCCAUAUAGUCCAUAAGUUUCAUCUGCCAUUCCUCCAGCGUGGGAAGUUCUUGUGUCUUCCAAUACUUUGCGAUGAGUAUUCUUGCUGCUGUUGUUGCAUACAUAAAGAAAGUUCUAUCCUUUUUAACACCAUUUGGCCCACUAUGCCCAGGAGAAAGGCCUCUGGUUUCUUGGGAAAGGUAUACUUAAAUACCUUUUUUAAUUCAUUAUAUAUCAUUUCCCAGAAAACCUUAAUCUUUGGGCACGUCCACCAAAGGUGAAACAUGUACCUUCAGUUUCUUUACAUUUCCAACAUUUGUUAUCGGGCAAGUGAUAGAUUUUCGCAAGCUUGACUGGGGUUAAGUACCACCUGUAUAUCAUUUUCAUAAUAUUCUCUCUUAAGGCAUUACAUGCCGUAAAUUUCAUACCAGUGGUCCAUAACUGUUCCCAGUCAGCAAACAUAAUGUUGUGUCCUACGUCCUGUGCCCAUUUCAUCAUAGCCGAUUUUACCGUUUCAUCUUGAGUAUUCCAUUUCAGCAGCAAGUUAUACAUUCUUGACAGAUUCUUAGUAUUGGGUUCUAACAAUUCUGUUUCUAAUUUCGAUUUUUCCACCUGGAAGCCAAUUUUCCUGUCUAAUUUAAAUGCCUCCAUUAUUUGAUAAUAAUGAAGCCAGUCUCGCACUUUGUUUUUUAAUUUUUCAAAACUCUGCAAUUUCAGUCUAUCUCCGUCUUGUUCCAAAAUUUCCCAAUAUUUCGGCCAUUUGACCUCCAUAUUGACCCUUUUCAAGGCUUUCGCUUCCAUUGGUGACAGCCACCUUGGGGUUUUAUUUUCUAACAAAUCCUUAUAUCUUAUCCAAACAUUAAAUAGCGCUUUCCUGACAAUGUGGUUUUUAAAUGCUUUGUGUGCUUUGACCUUAUCAUACCAUAAAUAUGCAUGCCAUCCAAAUACAUUAUUAAAACCUUCCAAAUCCAAAAUGUCAGUGUUUUCAAGAAGUAGCCAUUCUUUCAACCAGCAAAAAGCUGCUGAUUCAUAAUAAAGUUUAAGGUCUGGCAGGGCAAAUCCACCUCUUUCUUUUGCAUCUGUUAAAAUUUUAAAUUUUAUUCUAGGUUUCUUGCCCUGCCAGACAAAUUUAGAAAUGUCUUUCUGCCACCUCUUGAAACAGUCCAUUUUGUCCACGAUCUGCAAAGUUUGAAACAAAAACAACAUUCUAGGCAAUACAUUCAUUUUUAUCGCAGCAAUACGGCCUAGCAGUGAAAGCUUCAAGUUUGACCAAAUUUCUAAAUCUUUUUUCACUUCUGACCAACAUUUUUCAUAGUUAUCUUUAAAUAAAUUCCCAUUUUUUGCUGUCAUGUUAAUCCCCAACACAAGAGACUAGGGCCUUGCGGGACUUAACAUCUUUCCGCAGGGCCUGCAAGACAGAGCUGUUCCAGCUGGCCUUUGGUUUGGACUCAGUCUGACCCUUAUGUUUCCCUCCCCUUAUGGUUUUGAUCCAUGGGCUAUUUUUAAAAUGAGGCUGCAUUUUAAAUUGCAUUUUAACCUGUAUUUUAAAUUGUUCCCCCCGCAUUAUGUUUUUAUUGUAAUUUUACUGGUGUUAGCCGCCCUGAGCCUGGCUCAUGCCAGGGAGGGUGGGGUAUAAAUAAAUUAUUAUUAUUAUUAUUAUUAUUAUUUUGAUCCAUGUGAGGAUUCCCCUGUGGAAUAUCCUUGGACCACAUUUCCAAUUCUGUUCUCACGGGCAGAUGACAAGCACUUCCUUAUCCAUGCUCAUCCUCUCCAAUCGAACCAACCUCACUCAAAAACACCUUAGUUCUUCUGACACACUUUCCCGUUCCUCCCCCAGGGAAGGGAAAAGAGGCUUCCUUCAAGCUAACGGCGAGGAGAUGGUAGCUGGGGAAUCUCCUGGCAAGAACGUCAUGGUGAAUACCAAAGGUCGAAUUUAUAUAGGUAAGCGCCUUCGUCUCAACAAAGCCGGACCACUUUCAGGGCACUUUGGGUGUAUGGGCUCAUGAGGGAUUCACACUUCCCCUUUUCGUUUAGUUUUUGGCAGCCCUCAUCAACUGAGUAGGUUUUCUUCUUCUUCUUCUGUUAUGUUUCACUCGGGGGUACAGCCAUGAGGUGGGAACAGGCCAGAGAAUCAUAGAAUUGUAGAGUUGGAAGGGACCACAAGGAACAUCUAGUCCAGCGGCUCUCAACCAGUGGGUCCCCAGAUUUUGUUGGACUACAACUCCCAUGAUCCCUGAGCUCUGGCCUUGUUAGCUAGGGGUGAUGGGAGUUGUAGUUCAACAACAUCUGGGGACCCACAGGUUGAGAAAGGCUGAUCCCAGAACCCGGGUCAGGGCGCCAGCAGUGCGAAAGCACCUUCCCAUUUCGCCUAAGGCAACAGAACAGGAUGUGUCCUCCAUGCAGGAGGGCAUUGCUUUUCAUGUUUCCUUUCAGUGCUGAUUGCCACACUGGUUGCUGCCUGACUUCUAGAGCCUUUCCAUGCAAAUGGUGUAAAAUUCACAGGUGCCGCACGACAACUUUGUGGCAUCAGCCCUCCUGAAUUUGGGAAGGCUGUUCAAAGGACCCUCAUCCUCAAAGCUUUACACUUCAGUCUGGACUGUGUCAAUGUCUUGUCACUUUCAGAGCACCCUCAGGGCCACCCCUCCCUACAAGAUGUUCCUGGGUGGACAUUAUCGAUUUGCUAAGCAAUGCUUCUUCAGGAACGCCUCCUACAAAUGGUUUAUUGAAUAUUUACAGAUAAAUCAUAAACAGAUAAGAACAUUGGCGGGAUUAUUGUAAUAACCUGCAGUUUCAUAAGAGUAUAUAUUUAAAGAAGAUAAAUAAAUUAAAGUUACUGUCAAAUGUAAUACACAAUACCCAAAUAUAGGCCGCUCCAUUAAAAUUCUGCAGGCAGUCACACCUGUUCCAUUUUACCAUAUGUCUGUUUCAGCAGCGUUAUCGUAAAAGCCAGUUUUUGUAAGGUCACGAAUUUAAGCCACACUUUAACUUUUCAUGGUCGGAAUUUGGGGGAAAAAGUGAGGCUUAUAAAAUAUAUAUAUAGAACGCCUACAAAAAAAACCCAGGAGAAACACAACAAAAGGAUUUUAAUGCAUUUCCCUAAUCGUGUUUCUACAUUUUCCUUUAAGAAAACAUAGAAAGCAGCUUGCAUGAAUUUCAUUUUAAAAACGUGGUCCACGUGGCAGUGAGAACAGCAAGUGACUUGUGGGCCUGAGAUGUGAACGAAUAGCAAUAGGAGAACCUUGAAAAGUCUACACGCCUCUCUGAAGGAUGCUGUGCAAUUGAAUCCCACGCCCCAAAUGAGGCAGCACCAGGGAUGGUCCCUGCCAGCCUCCCGAAUCCUCCCAGUGACUUGAGGAGGAGAAAGAGGACAACAGCCUCUCCCCUUCAGGGAACACACUUGCUGACGGACGGCUCUUCCUUUCCCCCUGCGCAGGCGGAGCACCUGACAUCCAAACCCUGACCGCGGGAAAGUACAUCUCAGGGAUCACGGGCGGCAUCAAGAAUGUGGUGCUGAUCAGUGACCGGCCGGCCAGCAGCCUCAGCCGCCCUUUGACCUGGACCGUCACUCUGAGGCCGUUCUCAACAUCCAGGAGUGCUCCUCAUAGGCCGGGCUUGCCUCUUAAUCACACUCUUCGCUGUUUUAUUUUUUUGUCAUCAGACCAAUUGAGAGACAUCUAUUGUUAUUAUUAUUGUUAUUAUUUUAUUUUUAUUUUUAUUAUUAUUAUUAUGAAUUUUUUUAAAAAAAGAGAAACACACACACACACACACACACACAAAUGGUGCUUUGCUGUUACCAAAAGAAAAUGGGGGUGGGGUGGGGAGACGUGGGAGGGAGUUGGUUUGUGA